GAGUCCUUUGUAUAACCGGCGUAUUAUAAUUGAUAGUUACAUAACGUGGGAUGGUAGGAGCACAUGCAUUAUUAUGCGAUUACAAAGUCGUGAGGUGAGAGAAAGUCAUAGAGACUAGAGAGAGAGAAGUUUGUAGAGAUAAGAUGGGAUGCACUUCACUGCUUAGAAGCCCCAAGAAAGAAGAACAGGAAGUACCCGAUUCUAACCAAUCUUACACCUAUGAAGAUUUCAAUAUUUUGGACGAACUCGUUGAAGGGGUCUUGAACACUAAGGAAGAACAAGAGUUACCCCAUCAAAACUCUUCUAGUGCCGAGCUUCAUUGGGAUUUCAUGGAAUGGGAGGAGUUCAUUCCACCCUUUGGAGAGGAAGGAGAAGAUGAAAAUGAAGGGAAACAAGAGGUAAGAGAGAACACGAACAUGAUGGAUAAUAGAAGCCUUUUCGAGGAGGAGGAGGAGAUAAAGAGAGAAAACAUUAAUGUUGGGUUUUGGGAAGUGGAUGAUGAGAAGAUGGUGGCUUUGAACUUGAACUUGAACUAUCAAGAGGUUUUGGAUGCAUGGUCUGACCGUGGCUCUCUUUGGGCUGAUGAUUGUUCUCUUUCAUUCGCUACCAAUAAUGCCUACUACAUGGGGGAAGUGCCAGUAUUGGAAGAAGAGAGAGCAAGAAGAGAAGCAAGUGUUCUAAGGUACAAAGAGAAGAGGCAGAACCGAUUGUUCUCAAAGAAGAUAAGAUACCAAGUUCGGAAAUUAAACGCUGAUAAAAGACCCAGAAUCAAGGGUCGCUUUGUGAAGAGACACUGACUGAGGCUGCGAUCCUGAAAGAUCCCAAACCCAAAAUAUCUCCCAAAAUAUCUGAGUCCACUCCCUGUACAUUUACUUUCAACUCCUUCCAUUCUUGUAUUUAUCCAUUCAAAUUAUCCUUCCCAUGCAUCCUAUAUACUAUUGGAAAACACAAGAAACAAAAUGUCUCUCUAAUUUCAGGAUCAAAUUCAUUCCCUUUUCUUUAAUUAAAUUCAAAUUUGGAUUUUUAUUUGC